UCUACAAGAUUGGGUAACAUAACGAAAUCAGUGUCCAACAUGAGGAUCCUCGCUGGACUGAGGCUUCAAAACGGCAAUGGAAAGAGAUUCAGUUCCAGCUCAAUUUACGUGCCUGCACACGAGCCAGCCCUCGAGAGUGAUUGCCGGAGGUUGGAGAAAUUUCUCGUAGAUAAACCCCACAUCCUCGUGCUGACCGGUGCCGGUAUAUCGACGGAAUCGGGCAUUCCGGACUACCGUUCGGAGGGCGUGGGGCUGUACGCACGGUCGAAUCAUAAACCAAUUCAGCACGGUGACUUUGUAAAAUCGGAAGCCACCCGGAAGCGCUACUGGGCGAGAAACUAUGUCGGGUGGCCACGGUUUUCGUCGAUCGCUCCUAACGUUACCCACUACACGUUGGCGCGAUUGGAACGCGAAGGACGCAUCGGUGGGAUUGUGACACAAAACGUCGACCGAUUGCACGGCAAGGCGGGUUCGAAGGAGGUGGUGGAGCUGCACGGCAGCGGCUACGAGGUGAUAUGCAUUGGAAGUCAGAACGAGCGAGGCAAAGGGUGCGGGUAUCGCAUUGAUCGACACGAAUUUCAGCAGAUACUGGACCAGCUGAACCCAGCAAUGGAGGAUAAAUCGACCAUGAUGCGACCGGACGGUGACGUUGAGCUUUCGAUGGAGUAUGUAGAGGGCUUCCAAAUUCCUCCCUGCCCGCAGUGUGGCGGCAAUUUGAAACCGGAGAUCGUCUUUUUCGGCGACAACGUGCCAAUGCCACGGAUAGAGAAAAUCGUGCGGAUGAUCAUCGAAUCGGAUGGCGUUCUAGUACUAGGAUCCAGUUUAACGGUGUUUUCUGGCUACCGGAUAGUGCUGCAGGCAAAGGAACUGGGAUUACCAGUUGGGAUCGUAAACAUUGGCGCAACACGUGGCGAUCCAAAGGCUGACCUUAAAAUAUCAGCUCGAUGUGGCGAAAUAAUGUCCAAUAUUUUUAAGCGCCGAUAGUUACCGCCUCUGUGUGUUCGCCCUGUUAGGUCAUUUUAGUAAUAUAGAUAAAAAGUGUGUAAAUACCUUAAAAGUUACCUCGUGAUUUAACCAACAUGUUAUGAUGCUGCGGUAUCGGUUAUUUUGACAAAUAAAAAGCGAAAUAUUA